AUGCUGCUUCAUUUCUGUGUUUGUGAUUUCGCUUCCUUCUGGCGCAAACGCUGGACACAGCUCGGCUACCUCUCUGCAAGCGACCAGUUCCGUGUCCGCACGACCUCCGGCGCGAUGAUGGCUCGCUUCUAUCGCCUCCAGUGCGAGCAUCGACAAUGGGAGGCAAAAGAGCUCUUCGAGGCCAUGUGCGUCGUCCAGGACAGCAAGGCCCACAAAUGCUUGGCAGGCUUCCUUUAG